AAUGCCGGUUAUCAUCAUUUCUCUCCUCACAAGCUGUCGCUCUGACAGAGGAGAGGAGAGCCGGGCACUGAUGAUCAGUGUGCCCUGGUGAUCAGUGUAGCCCCAGCAGUGCCACUUGUCAGUGCUCAUCAAUGCCACCUGCCAGUGCCCAUCAGUGCCUGAUCAAUGCCACAUAUCAGUGCCUACCAGUGCACAUCAAUGCCACAUAUCAGUGUCCAUCUGAGCUGCCUUUCAGUACCACCUAUCAAUGCCAGUCAGUGCCACCUAUCAGUGCUGCCUAUAAGUGCCAGUCAGAGCUGCCUAUC